GCAGGAAGGUUGGAGCUGGCCAGGGGCCACCCGCCAAAUGUCACCCGGGGGUGCGCGUGGGCGGGGGCAAAGCUUCAGCGCUUGGCUGGCGGUUGGUCCUGCGCUGGCGGUUGGUCCUGCUCGCGGCUAGCAGGACCCCCUAGGUCUCGAGGGACGGAUUCUAAACCACUGCACAUUGCCCAGGAGACCCCAGUGAUGGCACUGUGGACUCGCCUGUAUGGCCGCGUCCUGGAAAGCUCUAGGGUGAUGCCCACCAUCAGUGAAGAAGGCCCUUCAGGAGGAAGUGAAAACCAUGGAUCUGGCUGCCCUUCACAACCAGAUGCAGAUUCCCAUUUUGAACAGCACAUGAUGUCCAUGCUAGAAGAAACAUACAUUGCUCAGAGCACACUGAUAGAGACUCAAGAAACAUUGGCGUUGACCCAGGGGAAAUUACUCGAGGUUGGUCAUGAGAGAGAUUCGUUGCAGAGACAACUCAAUACUGCGCUUCCACAGGAGUCUUCAACGCUUGCAAAAGAGCUCAACAUUUGCAGGGAACAGCUGCUUGAGAAGGAAAAAGAAAUUGCUGAACUGAAAGCAGAAAGGAACAACAUGAGGCUGCUCCUGGAACAUCUGGAGUUCCUUGUCUCCAGGCAUGAACGCUCUCUCGAAACGACUGUGAUGAAGCGGCAGGCGCGGUGUCCUGCAGGUGUGUCCACAGAGAUGGAAGUGCUAAAAGCACUGACAUCCUUAUUUGACCACCACAAGACCCUGGAUGAAAAGGUGCGAGAGCAAUUACGUGUAGCUCUGCAAAGGUGCAGCUUAUUAGAAGAGGAACUGGGCGCCACGCACAAGGAGCUAAUGACUCUUAAAAAACAGAAUGAUCAGAAAAAAUCACCAAGAGAUGGAGUGCUUGACCAUGAAGAAGAAGAAACACCAAGCACUAGUGGAAAGUUGCUAGCUUGCAGAGAAGAAGAACGAGAUGACAAGACAACGAUAAAAUGUGAAACUUCCCCUCUCUCCUCUCCGAAGUCCCUUCAGCUAGACAGGCUGCACACAGGGGCGUUGCAAAUAGUCAGCCACGAGGACAUCAGGGACAUGCAAAAAUCAAAAAGUGCCCAGGAUGGUCGUGUGAGCAAUCCCAAUAGCAGUGACAGCAGGCAGGACUCACCCCACAAAGCCCCAAAGAAGAAGGGCAUCAAGUCCUCCAUUGGUCGUUUGUUUGGCAAAAAGGAAAAGGGUCGGCCUGGACAAACUGGCAAAGAAUCACCAGGACAAGAAACCUCAUCUCAGGAUGCGUUCCGACUUAGCAAAUUGGGAGGAAAGGCUGAAAAAAAUCGAAAAUUUCAAAAAAACUCAACAGGCUCCCAGGAAGGUCCUGUGAACAAUCCCAGUACCAGUGACAGCAGGCAGGACGCGCUCCACAAAGCCCCAAAGAAGAAGAGCAUCAAGUCCUCCACUGGUCGUUUGUUUGGCAAAAAGAAAAAGGGUCCGCCUGGACAAACUGGCAAAGAAUCACCAAGACAAGGUGGGCCGGUUUUAGGCAGCUGUCCUAACUGCUGGGAUUGGGAGAGCAUGAGCUUUUUCCUAUGUACCUGCCACAGGUGUCCAGUGCCCACAAGGAAUCAUGGCUCUUUUGUAGCCGUUGUUUCUGAAACAGAAAACUCAUCUCAGGAUGCCUUCCAACUUAGCAAAUUGGGAGGAAAGGAUGAAAAAAAUCAUCAACUUCAAAAAAAGCCUGAGUUGCUGGAGGAAGCCCAGAGGCAAGGCUUACCAUUUUCACAGUGGGACGGGCCAACCGUGGUUGAAUGGCUGGAGCUCUGGGUUGGGAUGCCUGCUUGCUAUGUGGCUGCCUGCAGAGCAAAUGUGAAAAGUGGGGCCAUCAUGUCAGCUCUGUCAGACAGACAGAUCCAGCAAGAGAUUGGCAUCAGCCACCCUCUGCACAGACUGAAGCUGCGGCUGGCCAUCCAGGAAACCCUGUGGCUCACCAGCCCUUCGGCUCCACCCACAUUGAAAAAGACCACAGGAAAUGUCUGGUUAACACAUGAAGAGAUGGAAACACUCGCAGCCACAUCUCAGAUGGUCAGUCAGCCCUGCAGCUCAUGUUCCAAAACACUUGCAUAUGGGGACAUGGACCACGAGUGGAUUGGCAAUGAGUGGCUGCCCAGCCUGGGCCUACCUCAGUACCGAAGCUAUUUCAUGGAGUGCCUUGUGGAUGCUCGGAUGCUGAACCACCUGACCAAGAAAGACCUGCGGGGGCGGCUGAAAAUGGUUGACAGUUUUCACAGGAACAGCUUCCAGUGUGGACUUAUGUGCCUAAAAAGGUUAAAUUAUGAUCGGAAAGAACUGGAAAGAAGAAGAGAAGAAAGUCAGGAUGUAGUUAAAGAUGUGCUUGUUUGGAGCAAUGAUCGAGUGAUUCGCUGGGUCAUAUCCAUUGGCCUUAAAGAAUAUGCAAACAACCUCAUAGAGAGUGGGGUUCAUGGCGCACAGCUGGCCUUAGAUGAAGCCUUCGAUUACAACACAUUGGCCCUGUUGUUACAGAUCCCGACAGAGAACAGAAAGGCUCGAAAUGUCUUGGACAAAGAAUUUGCCGACCUUUUGGUCCUUGGGACUGUCAGACGUUUUGAUGUCGAGGAUGACAAACACUUUAGGAGAGCACCUUCAUGGAGAGAGAAGGUUAGAGAAAAGGCCAUUCAUGGCGUGGCAACUGGGUCAUCAGAGACACUCCCUGCAAACUUCCGAGUCUCUUCUUCCAAGUCUUUCUGCUCUAUGCAGCCCAAUGAGAUCCAGAUGGAUGGCAGUGUAUCAGAAACACAGAAGUUGGAUUCUGCGACAGCCAGGACUUCCUCCUGUUAAGCCUCCUGUUGUUUUCCUGCACUACUUCUACAGAUGAUAUGCAGCAUUUGGAAUCCAACAGAGACUACGUUUUUUAAUUCAGUCGAAUCGCUAUCUGUUAAUACUUGUUAUAUGGAGUCCUAAGAUAUUUUAUAACAGUUUUUAAUUAGUGAAAAAUUCAUCAAUAACAUAGAGAAAAUAUUUUAGAAUUUAAUGUUUCUUCUAUUUUUGUAAACUUAGGACUUUUCAUUUAUAUAGUUGCUUACUUUUUCAUCUAUGUUUAGAUAUCUCUGGAAGCAAUUCAUGUUCUUAUAUCUAAUUUUAGUCUUUCAAAUGAAUGUACUGUAAUGCUUGUAUGUAUAAACCGUAUGAACAAAUACACGGCUUUUGUAAAUUGUGCACAUAUUGUAAUUAUUACUAUUUAACUUUUUAAUGAUAAGCCAUCCCUGAAAAAAUUAGUUUACUACACUUUUUUUUUUUUUAAUUUUGUUACUUUUUUUUUUUUUUUUUUGGUCUUUUUCCUUUUUAUUGGUACCAGGGAUCGAACUCACGACUGCCUGCUUCCAAGGCAGGUGCUUAUGCCGCUGAGCUAAAUCCCCAGCCCCUUUUUUUGUCUUUUUUGUUUUUAUCGGCACUAGGGAUCAAACUCAGGACUGCCUGCUUGCAAGGCAGGUGCUUAUGCCACUGAGCUAAAUCCCCAGCCCAGUUUACUACAUUUAUAAAAUUGUUGUGACAUAAGCAAUGUGCAUUAUCCUUCACCUUGCUCUACAUCAGUCAUUUUAAAAUCAGGAGACUUCAUUCCAAGCAGUUGUCAUAUUUUGAGGUUGACUGACCUUAACUGUUCUUUUUUUAGCAAGAAAUCAGAGUCUAAUAAAGUCGGGACUGAACCGUUGCACCAGAGCACUAUAGAACUUUCUUAGCACUGGUUCCCUUUUCCCCAUCCUGUGUCUGGACUUGGGGAGCUUGUCUUCAGAGACUUGACCAGAAGCCAUGAGCUUGGAGCUGCUCUCAGCAGGGCUGGAGUGGCCAGGGGUGGACCCCAGCCUGGCACCUUCCCUGCCUCUUUCCUGUGAGCAUGUGGAAGGUGCCUCCAGCUAUUCUUAGAGGACCAAUCACUGAGCACUGUGCUCACAUCUCACAGACAUUGGUGCAUGAGCAGAUGAGAGCAGGAAACCCUGAAAAUAAAGUUGUACAACUCUAACUAAUCAAGGCCUUAUUUUUCAUAUGUCAGUCACCUUUUUACAUUGGUUUAUAAACAUGUUUCAACUAGUCAUACAUUUUUAGAUUUUGAUGACAUAGCCAUUUUGGAUUGAACAAGUAGCAAAAGCAACUUGCUUUUCACUGGCAUAUUAAAAAGCCAGCAAGGAAGGAGUCAGAUCAGGGUGCAUGUUAUUUAUUGUGCAACUGAUACAUGGGUAGAGGCAGCAUGCCUUUUUAAUUUAGUUUAUGCAGGGGCUGGGGAUUUAGCUCAGCGGCAUAAGCGCCUGCCUUGCAAGCAGGCCGUCGUGAGUUCGAUCCCUGGUACCGAUAAAAACGAAAAAGACAAAAAAAAAAAAAAAAAAAGCAAAAAAAAUAAUUUGGUUUAUGCAUACAAUUCACUUAUACAAUCCAUAUUACUGCCCUUUUUCUAUUAAUUUUUGUGGAAUUUUCUGAGUAUGUAACAAAGUAUACAGUCAUAUACAUAUAUAUACUUUUGAACUAUUUUAAUCACAGUAUUAUUUAUUGCUUUCUUUCAAUAAAGUUCUGAAUCAUUUUUCACUGCCAA